GAACAAUGGAAUCUGUUGUAAUUAUGGUAUAGUCUAUUCUCGAAAUGUGGUAUUCAACCGGAUUUAUUUUUCCUUGUAAUUUAAUUUAUCUCUUCUUCCUUCGUCUGUUCUUCUCGUCAUUACCCCAUUCUGUCCCUUUUGCACGCCUAACUAUACUCACUACUUAGAUUAGCCAAAAUUUCUUCAUAAAUUAACCUGGACAGGCACAUCAGCACCACCAUGACUCCCGCUGCCGUUCCCCAAUUUAUUGACUCCUACACGAUCCUCUCAAUUUCUCCCAGUGCCCCCGGAUCAGAGGUCUCUAAGGCCUGGAAACAAUUAGCUCUUUUACUUCACCCAGAUAAAAACUUAAGCCGAGACACGAAAGAGCGCUUCCAGCAACUGCAAGACGCAUACGAUGCGAUCAAGACGGCAAGAGCACGGAAACACCAUGAUGCGCUUCGAGACCAGUAUUUAGCAGCUCAAGAAGCAGCGAGUAUCGCUACGGAAGCCGCAUUAUUAGCAGCAAGAGAAGCUGAGAGUGAAAAUGCAAGAUGGGAGAGCGACCAGAAGCAAAAGAAGCAGCAAGAAAUGCUGUUAAGGGAGAAGGAUAUCUGUCGCGUCCAGAAGGAGAAGGGAGAUAAGAGAGAGAAAGCCGAGAGACACAUAUCUGAAGAAGAAGAUUGUACAGUAGCCGAUAUAUUCCAAAUCCUUCACUACGGAGGACUGAAGAUCAUUCAACGAGCGCUCUAUAGAGCAAAAAAGCACUGGGACUACCAAUCACCAGUAUUUUCCGAGUUCAAAAACAGGAUAAGCGCCAGUUACCAAGCUAGAGAGAGUAUGCACUGUGAAGCACGAAAUAAUAUCAUCAAAACCAUCAUCCAGCAACAACAGUCGAUACAUCAUACCCGCGGCAAAAAAGCACCACUGCUCUCCGAUCAUGAGGAGUUGAAGCAGAAUCAGAAACUUUGUACUCGUUUCAAGGCGCUCCAACAAGAAAGCUUCGAUUACGAAAACCGACAGUACAAAUGGAGACAAUCGAUCUCCGCAGAAGCCCUACUAAUAAUUGGUCCUCUCAACCAGUUACUUGAAGACUACAGCCCGGAUUGUUUCGAGCCUGCCCGUUGUUUCUGGAAGUCUUUCGCCGAAAUCUCUCGUCCACUGGCAGAUGAUGUUGACCAAAUUCCCAUGUCCACGAGCAAGCUUUGGAACCAAGCAUUAUAUGGAUUUGUUGCCCAGGAAAUUGGGCUUGGGGUGGCAUCGAAUCUUGGCACAGAACCGCAAGAUGCGGACACUAUACGAGAUAUUUGGGAACGAAAAAUGAGAGAGGGACCAUGGCAUUGUGCGUUAGGCGAUCGUCUAAGCAAGCCGCUUGGAGCUGAGGACAGGGGAGAUAUUUGCGGACGUUGUUGUUUGCAAACUUACUGUUGCGAGCACGAGACAGUGGCAAGUCGGUGCGAGAAUUGCGAGAUGGUGGUUUGCGAGAUUUGCAGGGACGAGCUUGGGGCUUUACGCGAGUUCGGAGCCUGGGUGAGAGAAGCUGGAUUUUAUAGUGGAGAGAGGCCUGAGUUCUUGUACGCUCCGGCGAGACGGUGAUGGAAUGGAAUUGGCGUUACUUUAUUGUUCGAGUGUAACUUGUAGUUUGUAAUUCAAUACUCUUAGUAAAGUGGUAUAACACA